CAACGGCAGGAUGUCGUGGCUACUUCAUCGACACUUGAUCUUCCUUGGUUUAUCUUUGUUGAGGUUUGAAGGUUGUGAAGGGUUUUUUCUCAGACAUACUCCGUCUGGAAAGUGUAUUUCUGCAGAAGAUUUAUUUUGGGAGAGUAAUUCUGGCACACGUUAUUGGGCUGAAAUGGUUGACGACUGUUUGAGUAAAAAUGCAUCAUUUCGUUACCUUCAGAGCGAACUUUUGCAAAAUAUCGCCACAGAAGGAAACCUUUUAGCUUCUAAUAUACCUAGAUAUCAAAACCGUUUGUUCGUAUUCGGCGGCAAAAGUCACAGAGGAAAAAUAUUCAUGAACAAUCCAACUCACCGUUUAAAACAAACCAAUGCUGGAUCGCUAUAUUUCUACGACAGCGGGACGAACUCGUGUGCUCAGCCUGAUGCGAGAAGAAAAUAUAUUGAUCAAAAAGAGAAUGGAUGCAGGGGUACAGCGGAACAAAGAUUUACUUUUGGUUCAGUGACAGAGUAUGGUACGAAAAUGAAAGAUGUUCAUUGUUCUCCAAUACAACAUAUGAUGGUUACAAAUGUUCGUUACGGAGACUUUAUUGCAAAUGGCAAGUUUGAUGCCGAUGCAAGCAGUGAUGUCGAGUGUAAUGCUGUAGCAAGUUGUAUGGUUAAAUCUCUUUGUGGUGGAAUUAAAAACAAAUCUUGUGACCUGACCAUUAACAACAGUUUACUGCCACCAUCCCUUUGUUCUGGUCGUACUGAAGAAGUUUUUACCGAAUACACCUGUGUGGAUAAUUAUUAUCAAGCAAUAACAACAGCGCGUAACAUAAGGUUGUGGAAUUCACCAAACAGAGGAUACCUUCAAAUAAAAGAUGGUUCUGGUUGGAGGUAUGUCAGAGAAGAAAAUUGGGAUAAAAAACGUCAAAAAAUGCUGUGUCAGCACAUGGGGUUUGUUGAGACUGCCAAAAAUAUUAUUUGGAGAAGAAGAAUAAGAUUGCUUGAAGGACUUAAGAUUGCAUCAGGGGACUUGAUGUGUUACCGCAGACGCUUAAGACGAACAUCAUGUUGUGCUCAUCUUGUUCUUUCAACAACCAUGUCAUCUGUUCCUGUACCUUAUGUUAAGUGUAAGAUGUGCAAUGAACCAGAGUUACUCCAAAACCGAACAACUUUUCCAGAUUCCGUUUUCUCUGGAAGUGGCUCUUAUGCUUUGAUGAGCGCAAGAUUUGAUAGAAGUGGUUGGUGUACCGAAAUUAGCAGACCAAAGUAUCUGCUGAUUGAUCUUCAGAAAGAAUAUCACAUAACCCGAGUCGUAACAAUGGGUAAUAGAGACCAGACUAAAUGGAUUGGUCAGUACAUAAUGGCGUACAGCUUUGAUAACAGUUUUAGGCACGCAAGACAGAUGACUGGAAACACAAACGGCUUUCAAGCAUCAAUUACUAGUCUUAAUAUUUACAACGUGAGGCAUAUAAAGAUACAAUCAAAUACGAAAACAGAUUUUUGUUUACGAAUAGAACUCUGUGGAAAAGUUCAAAUGCCAGCACCUGUGAAAGAUGUUAGAAUUAAAGUUAAAAAAAAUUCAGCUAAAGUGUGCUUGGACAUAGAAAGAUCGGCAUCAGCUUCGAGUUACAUCAUAAAGCUCAAUGUAUAUCUUAAUGGCGAAAAACAUCAGACUGUAACUCGGCGACAAUCCUUUGGUAACUUCAGCAUUACUGGACUCACACCAAACACUGUUUACUAUGUUGGAAUUGAGACGGAAGAUGGUUCUUCCCAAAAAAGCAGCCGAGUUUUUAUGUUUAAGACAAAAACAGGAAAGGCAAACAACGAAGAUGACAAGCAGAUUAACGAGACAUCAUAUAAGAAAAACGUAACCACAUAUAUUACUGCUGAUAAAACUACCGGUGAAACAUGUAAAAGUAUUGCUAAAAGCCACCAAAUGCCAGGGGACGUCGUAUACGAUAACAGACCAAUUCACGGAACACGAUCUUACUUAUCUGGUGUAACAUUCGUGGCGGGCGGAAUAUUCGGUAUAUUGCUUUCUUACGUUGUCUGGCGUUUUCGGCGUUACCGAAAACGCCGGAAACAUCAGGCAAGCUCUGAAGUUCCAGGGGCAUCAACAGACAAGGCUGGACAAAACGCAACCUAUGACAGCCUGGAUCUCACCAAGAUGAACUUUGAAGAUAACUAUCAAUCGCUGAGGAAGAGUCUGAGUGGAAAGGAGGAAGAAACAUGUGAACAUGCUGAACCUUACACGCAAUUGAAUAAAAUUAGAGAAAUCGAAGAACAUUAUCAAGCUCUUAAAUGAAUAAAGAUAUACCACUCUUUUUCGCGGAUUCAGGUUGAGUGUUCAUUGCUCAAAAACGUCACAAAUGAAGCAGGCCGAUUAUUUAUGCCGAUUAUUCUUAAUAGUAGGAAAUAUACUAUUAGUAAAGAAGGUGAUCACAAAACAAGAUUUUUUCCUGAAACGUUCGUCGAUAUACGCACAGCCAAACCUCUUAAGGUCUCGUCAGCCGUUGUAUCUAAAAUUUUGAAACGCUAUUGCUAAGAUUAAUUAGUUCUGCUUAAGCCAGCCGCGGAUGGAGGUCCUAUAUAAAACAUAGUCUUUUACCUGACGUUGUUCUGCAAUAUAUUGAGUUUUAAAAAAGCCAGCGUCCAUCUAUUGCAUAUAAUAAAUCUUGCCAGAAUUUUACGAGUUUGUAGACAUGCUAUAUAGAAUGCGUACCAUGCGUAACUGCUGUCGCUGAUCUUAAUAGAGAUUGUCGGUUGCCACACGGAACAAUCGUCUUCUUGCCUGAGUUUAGUAAUCUCAUUAUUUGAGAUUUAGGUAUAUACAUGCACAGCCGUGCCAACGUCCUCAUCACGAUUAGCCAAUCAUAUUUGAGCUGAAAUGACUAUUCACCAAUUAAAUUAAGGCAGUGGUCACAUAACCCGGUAUGGAAAUAUCAAUUUAUGGAGGGAAUUUUGAAUAUUUUGAUCCAAGUGAUUGUUUAUAUUUUUACACACCAAGUUAUACACAU